CCCCGCCAAGUAUGUUUGGGCUGGACCAAUUCGAGCCCCACAUCAACAGCCGGAACGCUGGCCAGGGCGAAAGGAACUUUAACGAGACCGGACUGAGCAUGAACACCCAUUUUAAGGCCCCGGCUUUCCACACAGGGGGGCCACCUGGUCCCGUGGACCCUACUAUGAGUGCGCUGGGCGAGCCCCCGAUCUUGGGCAUGAACAUGGAGCCAUACGGCUUCCACGCGCGCGGCCACUCGGAGCUGCACGCAGGGGGGCUGCAGGCACAGCCUGUGCACAGCUUCUUCGGCGGCCAGCAGCCUCACCACGGCCACCCGGGAAGCCACCACUCCCACCAGCAUCACCCCCACUUUGGAGGCAACUUUGGUGGGCCGGACCCGGGGGCCUCGUGCCUGCAUGGGGGUCGCCUGCUAGGCUAUGGCGGCGCAGCCAGCGGCCUGGGCAGCCAGCCGCCCUUCGCCGAGGGUUAUGAGCACAUGGCCGAGAGCCAGGGUCCAGAGAGCUUCGGCCCGCAGCGACCGGGAAACCUCCCGGACUUCCACAGUUCGGGAGCGUCGGGCCACGCCGUGCCGGCCCCGUGUCUGCCGCUGGACCAGAGCCCUAACAGAGCCGCCUCCUUCCACGGCCUGCCGUCCUCCAGUGGCUCCGAUUCCCACAGUCUGGAGCCCCGGAGGGUGACAAACCAAGGAGCCGUCGACUCGCUGGAAUACAAUUACCCGGGCGAGGCGCCCUCGGGACAUUUUGACAUGUUUUCGCCUUCUGACUCGGAAGGGCAGUUGCCUCAUUAUGCGGCGGGUCGCCAGGUUCCUGGGGGCGCUUUCCCGGGUGCCUCGGCCAUGCCCAGAGCCGCAGGCAUGGUGGGCUUGUCCAAAAUGCACGCCCAGCAACCGCAGCAGCAGCAACCGCAACAGCAGCAGCAGCAGCAGCAGCAACAGCCGCAGCCGCAGCAGCAUGGUGUGUUCUUUGAGCGGUUCGGCGGGACCCGCAAGAUGCCCGUGGGUCUGGACCCGGGAGUGGGCUCCAGGCACCCGUUAAUGCAACCUCCCCAGCAGGCCCCACCACCCCCUCAGCAGCAGCCCCCGCAACAAUCACAACAGCAGCAGCAGCCGCCGCCACCUGGGCUUCUAGUCCGACAGAAUUCCUGCCCGCCCGCGCUCCCGCGGCCCCAGCAGGGCGAGGCGGGCACGCCCAGCGGCGGCCUGCAGGACGGAGGCCCCAUGCUGCCCAGCCAGCACGCUCAAUUCGAAUAUCCCAUCCACAGGCUGGAGAACCGGAGCAUGCACCCUUACUCCGAGCCGGUUUUCAACGUGCAGCAUCCUCCUCCGCAGCAGGCGCCCAACCAGCGGCUGCAGCAUUUCGACGCGCCCCCCUACAUGAAUGUGGCCAAGAGGCCGCGCUUCGACUUCCCUGGCAGCGCGGGAGUGGACCGCUGCGCUUCGUGGAACGGCAGCGUGCACAACGGCGCUCUGGACAACCACCUCUCACCGUCUGCCUACCCGGGCCUACCCGGCGAGUUCACGCCGCCGGUGCCCGACAGCUUCCCCUCUGGGCCGCCCCUGCAGCACCCGGUCCCGGACCACCAGUCCCUGCAACAGCAGCAGCAGCAACAGCAGCAGCAGCAGCAGCAGCAGCAGCAACGCCAAAACGCGGCCCUCAUGAUUAAACAGAUGGCGUCGCGGAAUCAGCAGCAGCGGCUGCGCCAGCCUAACCUAGCCCAGCUAGGCCACCCCGGGGACAUGGGCCAGGGCGGCCUGGUGCAUGGAGGCCCGGUAGGCGGCUUAGCUCAGCCAAACUUUGAGCGCGAAGGCGGCAGCGCGGUCGCGGGGCGCCUGGGCACCUUCGAGCAGCAGACGCCGCACUUGACGCAGGAGAGCCCGUGGUUCCCAGGUGCGCACCCACCUCCCGGAGACCUACUGCCCCGUAGGAUGGGUGGCUCGGGCCUGCCAGCUGACUGUGGCCCGCACGACCCCAGCCUGGCGCCUCCCCCACCGCCUAGCGGCUCUGGGGUGCUGUACCGGGGCCCUCUGCAGGAGCCUCUGAGAAUGCCCGGGGAGGGCCACGUGCCCGCGCUGCCCUCGCCGGGUCUGCAGUUCGGAAGCAGCCUGGCUGGCCUGGGCCAGCUGCAGUCGCCUGGGGCUGGGGUAGGGCUGCCCAGCGCUCCUUCAGAGCGCCGGCCACCUCCGCCAGACUUCGCUGCGCCGGCGCUGGGGGGUCAGCCCGGCUUUCCGUUUGGUGCAACAAGCCGGCAGGCCACGCCGCAUGGCGGUCCAGGCGUGAACUCACCCCCAAGCACCGGCGGGGGUGGUGGCAGCUCAGGCGGCGGCGGGGGUGGAGGUGGCGCCUACCCGCCACAGCCUGAUUUCCAGCCCAGCCAGCGCACCUCGGCCAGUAAGCUGGGCGCGCUAUCUCUGGGCUCCUUCAACAAGCCCAGCUCCAAGGACAACCUGUUCGGCCAGAGCUGCCUGGCUGCACUCUCCACCGCUUGCCAGAACAUGAUUGCCAGUCUAGGGGCCCCCAACCUCAACGUGACCUUCAACAAGAAGAACCCCCCCGAGGGCAAGAGGAAACUGAGCCAGAACGAGACCGACGGCGCAGCCGUGGCCGGUAACCCGGGCUCGGAUUACUUCCCGGGAGGGACUGCUCCUGGGGCCCCAGGACCAGGAGGCCCGUCUGGGACUAGUAGUAGCAGCAGCUCCAAAGCCCCGGGGCCGCCCAACACGCCGGCCCAGGGGGACGGCACCAGUCUCUCCCCCAACUACAACCUGGAAUCAACGUCGGGGAAUGAUGGCAAGCCAGUUCCCGGGGGUGGUGGGCGGGGACGGGGUCGCAGAAAAAGGGACAGUGGUCACGUGAGCCCCGGGACCUUCUUUGACAAGUACUCCGCAGCUCCGGACAGCGGGGGUGCACCUGGGGUGAGCCCAGGGCAGCAGCAAGCAUCAGGCGCCGCCGUCGGGGGAAGCUCUGCGGCCGAGACUCGCGGGGCAACGACACCCCACGAAAAGGCGCUCACGUCACCAUCGUGGGGGAAGGGGGCUGAGUUGCUCUUGGGGGACCAGCCGGACCUCAUGGCGUCCCUGGACAGCGGGGCCAAAUCGGCCGGCAGUUCGCCACACGUGGGCGAGUUCGCGUCAGAUGAGGUGAGCACGAGCUACGCCAACGAGGACGAGGUGUCCUCCAGUUCUGACAACCCCCCAGCCCUGGCCAAAGCGAGCAGGAGCCCUCUGGUGACCGGCUCGCCCAAACUCCCUCCCCGUGGGGUAGGCCCCGGGGAGCACGGACCGAAGGCGCCCCAACCCGCGCUCGGCCUGGGUAUCCUGUCUACCUCUACCUCCACCCCUGACAGCUACGGCGGCGGCGGGGCCCCGGGCCAUCCCGGCACGCCGGGCCUGGAGCAGGUCCGGACCCCUACAAGCAGCAGCGGCGCACCGCCCCCCGACGAGAUCCAUCCCCUGGAGAUCCUGCAGGCGCAGAUCCAGCUGCAGAGGCAGCAGUUCAGCAUCUCAGAAGACCAGCCUCUGGGGCUCAAGGGUGGCAAGAAGGGUGACUGUGCCGUCGGGGCCUCUGGCGGACAGAACGGCGACAGCGAGCUGGGCAGCUGCUGCUCCGAGGCGGUCAAGAGUGCCAUGAGCACCAUCGACCUGGACUCGCUAAUGGCGGAGCACAGCGCUGCCUGGUACAUGCCCUCUGACAAGGCCCUAGUGGACGGCGCAGACGACGACAAGACCCUGGCGCCUUGGGAGAAGGCCAAGCCCCAGAACCCCAACAGCAAAGAAGCCCAUGACCUCCCCGCAAGCAAGACCUCAGCAACCCAGCCCGGCAGCCACUUGCAGUGCCUGUCUGUCCACUGCACGGACGACGUGGGCGAUGCCAAGGCCCGAGCCUCCGUGCCCACCUGGCGGUCCCUGCACUCUGACAUCUCCAACAGAUUUGGGACAUUCGUGGCUGCCCUAACUUGAAUGACAAGAAAUACCCCCUCCCGUGCCAGGCCUUCCCUUUCCUUCUCUUUCUCCUCCCCCUCCUCAACUUACCCCCCCCCACCUUAAUUUGAAAGGGCCACUAUUGCUGAGUGGGAUGAUUUUUUGUUUUCUAGGUUGGUACCUGCUUAGUGGCAUAUGGACCGGAAAGGGUUAAUUUAAAGGGGAAAAGAAAAACCUCAAAAGUUUUUUUUUUUUAAAAGAAACUUGUCUGCCACAGUAUGUUACCAGUGUUAACCCUUCUGCAGUUAGCAAACUUUUGCUUAAGCCUUUUUCCUGCUAGAUAAUUCCCCAUUUUUCUGUAAUCUUGGCAUACAUUUUUUUAGAUGACCUCUGUCCUUGUUUUAUUUUCAUGCUGCUGUAUGUCCAAGUAUUGUUAUUUCAUAAUAAGGCAAGAGUUGCUUUUCUUUUUUUAUUCUUUUUUUCUUUUCCCUCUUCUCUCUCCCUCAUCCUCCCCUCUCAUCCCUUUUUUUUUUGCUUUGUUCACUGCUUAUUAAAAUGGAAAUCCUGGAGAAUAGUAGUUCUGGAAUAGUGCCGGGUGAAAGUCAAAUUGUCAUCAUAAUAUUAUAUAUUGACACCCAACUGUCAUCAGUCAGGCAGGAGCCAAACAAUUAAUGCCCCUCUUCGGUUUUCCGCCUGGGAUUUCGUUUUGUCUGUUCCCUAAGAAAAUAGAGAUAUAUAUUUUUGUUCCUGCAAACACACACUCAGCCUUCACCUCCUUUCAGCUCUGUUUUCUCUUCUGCUGGAAGCUGGAUGUGAGGAGCCAUCCAGCCCGCUCUGUGGGAAGGAGUCAGGAUGUUAGGCUGAUGUUUUCUUCCCUUUGCUGGGCCUCCACACAGAUGCCCACCUGGACUUUGCAUUUUUACGCUAAGCAGCCUUUGGUCUGCAUGGGGUAGGCUGAUCUUCCAGCUUCUGAGUCUCUGGAAGCUCUGGACUGCUGCCCCUGCUGUAGCCAGGGCUGCGGGCUGGCAUUGGAGGUGAAUGAAUCCUCAGCCCUUGCAUUUUCCCAGCUGGACAUCUCAGGGCAGAAGGAGGAGGCUGAGGAUUGCAUCUCCCCAACCUCUUCCAUUCUGUCCUCCAGUUUAGCUUGGGCAACCCCAUCCCUGGGAGGAACGAGGCACCCCCCAGGCUCUUCUUGGUGCCUGGGUAUAUCUUUACAGUGGUUUGCAGACUCCUGAAGGCUCAUGGAGGGAGAAAGGGAAUAUAACUAAUGACUUUGAUUCCUGGGCCUUUUAUUUUUGAAUCCUGGAAUCCCUCCACCCCCCACUUUUGAUUUAAUCUCACCCUGUUGCAAAACUAGAGCCAUGUCUCCUGUGUCUCACGCUGGAAUAACUUCUUCGAGCAGAGAUGAGUGGCAGGCCCCAAAGGUGCUACUAACACCUGUACAGGCAUUCGUGACUCAUGGAGGGGGCUGGAGGGCACAUAGAGUCCAGGCUGGGUCAGAUAAGAGGAGAUUGAUACCACUUCACCCACAUGAGUGACUGCUCUAGUUUACUUCACUUUUUGGUAAGGAACAUGUCUUUUUAAAUGCUCCAUUUGAGCUCCCUCUUCCACACCAGGUCCCCAGGGUCCCCAGAGUCUGGCGCCUUUUUUUUUUUUUAAAGCAAGUGACCUGAAGGCUUUGGGCUUACCAUACAACACUCAUAUUGUUUAGUUCAAAGAACUUUUUCUGCAAAGGGAGAGAAGCUUCCAGAAAAACCUUAUGCCUGCUCCUCCCUUCUCCUCUUUCCUUGGGGUGGCCCUUUGGGCUGGGGUCUGCGUCUAGGUCUGUGGUUCCUACCUGGGCAAUCUUGACCAAGGGCAAACUCCAGCUGCAGAGGGCAGACCUGGCAGUGGCAUGAGUUUAUCAGAGAGAAGGGGUGAGCUGACACAGCUCCUGUGUUCUGCUACCAAAGGAAUGAAAAGGGAAGGGAAUUUUUCCCACCGUGGGCUUGGGGAGAAUAGGUGCAUACUCUGGGCACGUCCACAUCUCCUCUGAUUCUGUGAUGUAUAGCUGUUUGAGCGCUUCAUCAUUUUACGUUUUGAACAGGAAUGAUUUCUCCUUAAUUGCUUAAGGCUGGGGAGCAAAGUGUCUUAACUUCUGUCUUUGACUUUCUCAGCGUUGAGUCCAUCAACACUUGGCCAUUAGCUCGUGGUCCUCGCAACCUCGGAAACCCCUGAAGUUUCAAACUUUCUCGCUCCCCGUGACCCUAGAAAGGAACAGCUUUAAAAAUAGCCUUAAGCAAAAGGAUGUUAUUUCAUGAAAUUUGGUUUUAAUGGAAAGAAUAAAAGCAAAUUAAAAACACACCCAACACACGAGACUCCGAACACUGGUAAUCGGUACUGCAUAGCAAACUCUUUGGGAAAGAAAACGAAAAUGUUAUUGCACAUGUAAAAUAUGAAAACUUAAACUCUGCUGUGUGUUAGGCAAUCCUGUAAUCUUUUUUGACUCUUAAAAGAAAUUCAUUUCUGAAAUGCUUGGUUGGAAGACUGUGACAAUAGCUCAUGAAAUUGAGUGUUAUUUUUUCUUUCUUUUUUAAAAAAAUAUGUAAAGUGCAGCCUUCUGUAUUCAUGCAUAUUGUAUAUACCUGUAUAUGUUUUCCUGAGCAGCUAAAUUACAAUAAAUAUGACGUUAAUGGUGA